AUGCUCUUUCCAAGAACAACAACAAAAGCACAUAUAAGAGAACUUGAGGAAGAAGUGAAGCUCCUCAAGAACCUUUCGCACCCCAAUAUUGUGAGGUACCUCGGGACUGUCCGUGAGGAAGACACACUGAAUAUCCUGCUGGAGUUUGUUCCUGGAGGGUCUAUCCAGUCGCUUCUUGGAAAACUUGGUUCAUUCCCGAAGGCAGUCAUUGGGAAGUAUACUAGGCAGAUUUUGCAAGGGUUGGAAUAUCUGCAUAGCAAUGCAAUAAUACAUAGAGACAUUAAGGGUGCAAACAUUCUUGUUGAUAACAAAGGCUGCAUUAAGCUUGCCGAUUUUGGGGCAUCUAAGGAAGUUGCCAAGUUGUGUGAGUUUGGUUCCAAGCAGGCUUGUGGUAAAGUUCUCUGCAGAACAAUGCAGUAA